ACGAAAGCUUUGUUAAAACAACAACAACAUAUUUAACACUAUAAUUAUUUUAAUGAGAAAACUAUUAGAAGAAGAUAAAUAUUUACUGCACAAAUCUAAAACUCUUUCUUGUUUUUUAUUCGUCACUAAUGCUGUUAAAGUUGUAGCAGCUUUUAAGUUGAAGCAUUAGUUGGUGCGCGAGCUUCGAGCUUCACGACAACAAACUUUCCCCCUGAGCUGAAGGAAAGUGUGGAGGAAUAAAUGGAGGAAAGUGAGAGGGAAAUAAGGAAGAAGCUCAGCUCGGGUGGUUGUAAUGAAAUGUUGAGUUUAACCGCGUGUAAGCAGCAGAACACCGGCGGAAAGGAUGAAGCUGCUACUGACAGGAAACUGGACAUUAGUUCAGAUGAGUUUGAUCCGCUGCUUGCUCUGUAUUCAUCACAGGUCCCUUUACCUUUUCCUCACGUCAGGUGCUUUAACAACCUCGCGGAAUAUGAGAGCUUUAUGAGCGGCGGCCGCGGAAGAGCGAAACCUGAAAAUGUGGAGAAAAAGAUGCGAAAGGCGAAAAGGGGAGUAAAAGAUCCAGAGAGAAUCGAGAGGCUGAAACAACUCAUGGUGAAAAAUCCGUCCGAAGAAGCAGAAGAAAGCCGAAUGAAGCGACCUGCAAAACGCACAACCCCAAAAAAUGUGCUCACGAGGAUGCCGUUGCAUGAAGGCAGUCCUUUAGGAGAACUGAACCGAUGCGUCCAGCAACGUCUCAGAGUCAAAGUCCACAUUCGCUCGUUUAAGGGUCUGCGCGGAGUCUGUACCGGCUUUGUGGUGGCUUUUGACAAAUUCUGGAACCUGGCGAUGGUGGAUGUGGAUGAAACGUACAGGGAGCAGUUACUCGGAGAGGCUUUCUACCAUGAAAAAGCACUGACUGUUACAAGGCUAUUCCAAAAGUUGCAAGUUCAAGCUGCAUCUGACAAAGCAGCAGCGGAGGCUGGAAAUUCAAAAACACAUGGGCCGAGUGUUGAGCAACACCGCAUCAGCACAAGCAGUGUUGCCAGUGUCCCAAUGUCCAAACAAGCAACGGCGAGACUGCCACAAUGUGUGAAAACCCUAGCAGUGACCAGCACAGACAUAUCUCAUAUAUCUGGUGCUGGGUUAAAGCAGAGACCAAAGAUGUCUAAGCCAAGAGUUGAGUAUGGAAGAGUGCGUCUGCGUCACGUCAAUCAGCUCUUUAUCCGGGGAGAAAAUGUCCUGCUAGUAAAUAUUCUGCACUAGUAGCAUUGUAUGAACUGGUUAUUGGAAUAGAUAAUGUUUCUGAUUCUUAUUGGACAGGAGUUUUUUAUUGCAUCAUAUUUAUAUGAAUAUAAUCAUAUUUGUAGAAAUGGAGAAAAUAAACUCAAUUCAUACUUCUUUGCAAUGAUCUGUGUAAACGCUCAUCACAGAGAUGUCCACUAGGUGGUGCUGUGAGACCGGUUACAUGUUACGUUUAUCUGGCAAAGGACAAAUCUUUGAUAUUUCACUAAUAUCUGUACAUCACUUAUAUUUUAGAUACUUUUUGGAAACAUUUGAACAAAAACAUUUAAAAAGAGUUUAACAAUAAUGCUACAAGAGCAACUUUGAAACUAAAAGCCUGUCUCUAAAUCCCAUUAGUAGCCAUUUCCACUCUGACAAACAUAAGUGUGAAAGAGGCAAAGAAACGGGAAUGUCCUGUUAGUUUUAUAUAAAUCUCUCUCUGUUAGAAA